AUGACCCACCAGGUUGUAGAUGGAGUCGACUUUGGUUACCUUAGCCCCGAUUAUAUGCAUUUGCAAUUGCAAAAUCAAGGUUUCCCCGUUGAUCAAAACAUGUUCUCUCAUGAUCAUAUGGCAGAUGGUGGCUCCCAUGAUGACAAUAUGUUUUCUCAAAAUUCAAUGCAUGGAGGCUCCCCUAUCGACGGCGACAUGCUCCACCACAAUCAAAUGCACGAUGGUGGCUCCCAGGAUGACGGCUCCCACGAUGACAGCAACAUGGUUUCUCAAAAUCAAAUGAACAAUGGAGAGUAUGCGAUCGACGUCGAUUUCGAGAUGGCUGACGCACAAAUUAUGGAUGGUACCGUCCCUGCCGAUGGCACAUUUUCUUCACACAAAGAAAAUAACGCAUAUACAGCUGACAACGACAUCGAAAUGUCAGAUGAAGGUAUGAUGGAUGAUGACAUCUCUGCCGGUAACGCUAUUUCUCCUCAAGGAGAAGAUGGAGAGAACAAAGUCGACGAUGAUGCCGAUGACAAUGCGAUCAAUGCUGCUCCUGCUCCUAAUGAUCACAGCACUCAGUAUCGCAUUAUGUUUUCAGAUUUCAACCCUCCUCCUGCUGUCCCAAUCGAUCCAAGCCAAAGAAGCCCAUUACAUGCCGCUCCUCUCGAAAUCAAACAUAUGAUUUACGAGUUCUUUUUACCGGAACCAAGAACGGUCAAUUUUGAUUUGAUCCAAUCAAAGAGUUCCGGUCGCCGACAGGAGUAUAGAUUUAUUACAAUCCCAGCUAUCUUUCGAGUAAAUGGAGACAGCCUAGCAUACUGGAACAUAAAGUACGUUACUAUCAACAAGCCUCAGUGCGAUGCGAUGAUCAGGUUCUACGGCACUCGCAAUCCGAAGCCCUUGAUCUUCAACCCUAAGAUCGACACUGCGUCGAUUACCUUCCUCAAUAAAAUACCAGCCUGGGGAUACAACGAAACUAAAGAAUGGUUGCGACAUGUCCAGGGUUUAUUGCCCAAUGGAUUUGCCUGUGUCAGAUUUUUUAGAUAUUCACGAAGUCUCCACUAA